AUGGCUGACACUGCAGUUCAGGCAAAACCGGCCGAACCGGAAGGAGAGAAGAAUUUAUCGAAUAAAGAACUCAAGGAGUUAAAAAAGAAGGAAAAGGCGGCAAAAAGAGCAGCUCAAAAAGAGAAAAAUGGUAUCACAGUAGAGCAACAACGACAACUAGCGGAUGAGAAAAAGAAGCUGUCACAGUCUGCAGCAUCCAACACUGCUUCUAAUUUAAAGAAGCAGUUGAAUCAGACUCUUAUAAUAACAGAUAAGAAGGUGCCACAUUUGUUUGGACACUUAGAAACACGCGAACAAAGGAACGCAUCAUCACCAGCUAUUUCGCACAUUGUGCAUCCAGCAAUCAUUGCCUUGACGUUGAAGUACUCGAGUUAUAAUGUUGUGGGAUCACUGUCGAGAUUGGUCAAUAUGCUUCGUGUGUUUAAACAAGUCAUUGCGGAUUAUAAAACGCCGGAAAAUACUACACUAACAAGACACUUGACCGGUCAUUUGUCGCAUCAAAUUGAGUUUCUCAAGUCUGGAAGACCAUUGUCAGUGUCCAUGGGAAAUGCCAUAAGAUGGUUGAAGCAAGAAAUUUCUCAUGUUUCAAUUGAUAUCUCUGAAUUACAAGCAAAAGAGUUGCUCUGUCAAAAAAUUGAUGAUUUUUUGAGAGAAAAGGUUGAACUUUCGGAUCAGUUGAUUGUCGAGAGCGCGGCAAAGCAUGUUACCAGCGGAGCCACUAUCCUAACCUAUGGCCAUUCUCAAGUAUUGGAAGAACUUUUCAAGUUUUGUGCUGUAGAACAAGGUAAAAAAUUUAACUUGGUUAUAGUGGAUUCAAGACCCUUAUUUGAAGGAAAGAAGUUGUUACGACAUCUACUGCAAACAAAAUCUACGGAUUCUUUAGGAGAGGAAGUUCCAAUAACUCAGAAGUACAUCACCAUUCACUACGUUUUGCUCAAUGCAUUGUCGUCAACGUUAUUGGACGACGUUGACUGUGUUUUCUUGGGUGCGCAUGCUAUGCUCUCCAAUGGUCGUUUAUUUUCAAGAGUUGGUACUGCAAUGAUUGCUAUGAUGUGCCACACAAGGAACAUUCCUGUGUUGACAUGUUGUGAGUCGAUAAAGUUUUCUGAUAAAGUUCAAUUGGAUUCGGUAACAAGUAACGAAUUAGCAGAUCCAAAUGAUUUGAUAAACAAUACCAAUAGUAGAAAGCCGCCUCAAAAAAAGACUUUUGCUUUGGAGCAGUUCUUGAAACAGUCAAACUUGGAAAAAUCAAAGGAUAAAAAGGAGAGCUUUGAUGAGACUAAGAAUGUGGAUGAGCCAUUGCAAAACUGGAAAACCCUUCAAGCGUUGAACAUUUUGAACAUAAUGUACGACUUGACACCUCCAGAGUAUAUAAAUAAAGUGAUUACUGAACUUGGUGCUUUGCCACCAUCAUCUGUUCCUGUCAUUUUGCGUGAGUAUAAAAGUACAUAA